UUUGUAUGUUUGGAGCUAUUUACUAUUCAUUUAUACUUUAUAGCCCCAAUUUUUAUACUUCAAAGCCUUUGUCUAUUUCUUUGUAUGUUUAGUUCUUCCAAAUCCCAGUGAGGUCUUUGUUGUCUUAGGAGACAAUGGAAAACUUCUCAGCAGGAAAGCUUCCGUGGGGUUUUCACUGUAUCCCUUCGAUUUCUCUCUCUGGAUUUUGAUCAUUUCUUCAUUUUUUUUUUUUCAUUCUUCUGAUCAAUACAUGAAAACCCACUUGUCUUCUACACUUUUCUUUGGAACCCAUGUUUCUGAAUCAGUUCAUGCACUUCCUGAAAUCAAUCCACACAUUCAGAUGGAGAACUCCUUUUGAUGGUGUGUUUUGACAUAUUAUCUUGAUCAUAUUGAGGGGUUUCAAGCUGCGACAGAUGCUGAACAAAGCUAGAAUUUCGAUGGCAAGCUCGUGUUUCAACCCAUUUCGACUUCGAAAGUCAAGGGAGAAACCAUUGCCAGAUCCUCCAUCAUCAUCCAGAACCCGCUUGAAUUCUGAUGCAGAACACAUGGAAAGGAAGAGAUUUGAUAGUUUGGAGUCAUGGUCAAUGAUAUUGGACUCGGACAAUGUUGAAACAUGGGAGGCAUCAUCAAAGGAGGAUCAAGAAGAAUGGACAGCAGAUCUUUCUCAGCUAUUCGUUGGCAACAAGUUUGCUUCUGGUGCUCAUAGUCGAAUCUACAGGGGCAUUUACAAGCAGAGGGCAGUUGCAGUGAAAAUGGUGAAAAUUCCAACCCAUAAGGAGGAGACCAGAGUUUUGCUUGAAGAGCAAUUUAAGUCUGAAGUAGCCUUGCUUUCCCGUCUUUAUCAUCCAAACAUAGUGCAGUUCAUUGCAGCAUGCAAAAAGCCUCCUGUAUAUUGUAUAAUUACAGAAUACAUGUCACAAGGAACUCUAAGGAUGUAUCUCAACAAGAAAGAGCCAUACUCGCUUUCUACUGAAACAAUUUUGAGGUUAGCACUUGAUAUAUCUCGCGGAAUGGAAUAUCUUCAUUCACAAGGUGUGAUCCACAGAGACCUUAAAUCAAAUAACUUGCUUCUAAAUGAUGAGAUGCGGGUUAAGGUUGCAGAUUUUGGUACAUCAUGUCUAGAAACACAGUGCCUAGAGUCCAAAGGAAACAAGGGAACCUACCGUUGGAUGGCUCCAGAGAUGAUCAAGGAGAAACCUUAUACUCGCAAAGUUGAUGUAUAUAGUUUUGGGAUAGUGCUGUGGGAGCUCACAACAGCGUUACUUCCUUUUCAAGGAAUGACCCCCGUGCAGGCUGCAUUUGCCGUGGCUGAUAAGAACGAACGGCCACCACUGCCUGCUAGUUGUCAGCCUGCACUUGCACACCUCAUAAAACAUUGUUGGGCUGUGAACCCCUCCAAGCGACCUGAUUUCAGCUACAUCGUAUCGACACUGGAAAAGUACGAUGAGUGUGUCAAGGAGGGCCUCCCGCUUACUUCCCACUCGGGUCUCGUCAGUAGUAAUGUCAUUCUCGACCGUAUCAAAGGCUGCAUGUCGAUGAGCUCCUCCUCUAUACCUGUUCGAGCCUGACUCGUUUCAAGAGGUUCUGCCAAUAUAUUCAUCGUUUCAUCGACUCAAUACUUCCGCAGGUUAUUAUUCAAUUAUCACUUGUAUAUAUAUUAAUUUGAUGUUCUUUUCAAUACUCCCAAUGUUCGGAUCCUCUGCUGCUGCCAUUUCUAGUCAUCUUACUUCAAUCUGUUGAUCAUAACCCCUCUUUACCUUUAUUUAACCUGUUGUGCAUUAUUAAGCACUAUCUUCAAUUCUCUUUGUAGAAUUUCAGUGUUUAGGUGGUUACAUAAUGUUGUCAACAUCGUACUGAUACAAUAAAAAUGAUGUUUUAUCUAUCUAUUUAUCUGCUCACAAAACUUGUGAAGUUGACGUACGU